ACAAACAACUCAAGUGAAAACAACUUCAAAUAUAACAUUAAUAUAUAUUGCUAAAUAAUAAGAUAACUUUUGUGUUGAGGAUGAGCGAAGCCAACGAGGAAACGUCGUUUAGUCCCGACAAGUUUCUAGAAGAAAUGCUAGAUCGCCCCGAACUCGAUAUGCACAACGAAAGAGAAAUUAAAAUACAGGAAAAUCUAAUAUAUAUGCUACUGGAACAGCCAGAGUAUUAUAGCAAUAAACAUAUGGCCUUGCUAAAGGAUUAUUAUGAUAUGCUGCUGAAGAAUCGGGAGAGAACUAUUGAUGAGCUGAACGCAAAGCGCGUGGAGACGAAGCGUCGUCUGGAUGACCUCAUGGAAGAGUUUACGGACAUGCAGCUGAACUUAUAACAGAGCUCGAGCUAGAUUCAAAUAGAUUUAAAGCAAAAUUCAGAUGAACAGAAAAUAAAUUUAAACUGCAAAGAAAAUUAAAGAAAU